AUGUUGACACGGUCUUUUUUGUUCAGACAGACCAGACGCAGCUUUUCGCAGCUUUCGCAUGUCAAACCACCCAAACAGAUCACUAACGAGCCCGUGAAGGCAUUCGACAGCGCUGCGACUCUCGACUGGGACCUGCUACGGGCCUCUGUGUCCAAAUUCAACAAUGCCUCGCUGGACGUGCCACUCGUGAUCAACGGUAAACGUAUCUUCUACAACGAGGGCAACCGCAGCUACCACCAGCAAGUCAACCCGGCCAAACACUCCCAAGUGCUGGCCAAUGUCACACAGGCCUCCGAGGCAGACGUGGAGGCCGCUAUUGAGGCGUCCAAGGCUGCCAAGGCCAAGUGGUACAAGAUGCCCUUCUACGACCGCGCUGCCGUCUUCCUCAAGGCCGCAGAUCUCAUCUCCACCAAGUACCGCUACGACAUGCUUGCUGCAACCAUGCUUGGCCAGGGCAAAAACGUGUACCAGGCCGAAAUCGACUGUAUCACCGAGAUGGCCGAUUUCUUCCGGUUCAACGUCAAGUACGCAGCCGAACUGUACGCACAACAACCCUGCGAGUCCAGCCCAGGCGUUUGGAACAAAGCCGAAUACAGACCUUUGGAGGGCUUCGUGUAUGCCGUGACCCCAUUCAACUUCACCGCCAUUGCAGGCAAUUUGAUCGGUGCGCCCGCGCUCAUGGGUAACACCGUGGUGUGGAAGCCUUCCCAGGCUGCCUGCUUGUCCAACUACCUACUGCUAACAGUCCUUGAGGAAGCAGGUCUACCUCACGGUGUUGUAAACUUCGUUCCAGGUAACCCUGUCGAGGUCACUAGCAAGGUCUUGGCAGACAAAGAAUUUGCCGCACUGCAUUUUACCGGAUCCACCGCUGUAUUCAAGCAAUUGUAUGGCCAGAUCCAGCAAGGUGUGGUCAACGACCUCUACAGAGACUAUCCUCGUAUUGUUGGUGAAACGGGUGGUAAAAAUUUCCACUUGGUUCACCCCAGCGCCAGCAUGCCCCACGCCGUGCUCAGCACUUUGAGAGGUGCCUUUGAGUACCAAGGUCAAAAGUGUUCUGCCGCUUCCAGACUAUACGUGCCUCAGUCCAAGGGUGCUGAGUUUCUGGCCGACCUGGCCGGCUCUCUAAGCUCCGUGCGUACUGUGAACACAUCUGCUUCCAAGAUCAACGGUGGAGACUUGCAUGGAUUCAUGGGUCCCGUCAUUCACCAACAAAGUUUCGACAAACUGGCUGGAGCCAUUGACGAGGCCAAAAACGACCCUGAACUGGAAAUCAUCUGCGGUGGCGAGUACGACAAGACCAACGGCUUCUUUAUCGAGCCAACCGUGAUCAAGACCACCAAUCCUGACCACAAGUUCAUGUCCACCGAGUUUUUCGGGCCAAUUUUGACCGUUUACGAAUACCCUGACGCCGAAUUUGCCCAGAUCUGCGAAACCGUGGACAAGGCCACCACUUACGGACUGACUGGUGCAGUCUUCGCACGCGACAGAGAUGCUAUAAACACGGCCGACGAGAUUUUGAAAUACAGUGCCGGUAACUUCUACAUCAAUGACAAGUGCACCGGUGCCGUGGUUGGCCAGCAGUGGUUUGGAGGUGCCAGAAUGAGCGGCACCGACGACAAAGCCGGCAGUGGUAACAUUUUGUCUCGUUUCGUCAGUAUCCGCAACGUGAAGGAGAACUUUUACGAGCUUACCGACUUCAGAUAUCCUUCGAAUUACGAAUAA